AUGGAUGGCCCAGCAGGAAAUACCAAGAAAGAGAUGCCCAAAAGAGCGCGAAACCCACCGAAGAAGAUGUGUUUUUAUGAAACAGACCCCGGCUCACCCAAAGAUGACUCAGAUGGUAAUUGAGUUAUCAUUUCACUACAUGGCUUAGCUAAUUUUUGGCAUGAUUGUCAUUUCUAAUUUACUUUGGACACUAUAAAAACCAAAAUCUUUGACAGUCCCUGGUCUCUUAUCACUUGGAUUAUUAUUAUCAAUAUAUUGGCAAACUUCAGCUGCAAACAUUGAUUUACAGGAUUUUUUAAAAAGAAAUGUCAAGAAAAGUGAGAGUAACCCCCACUUGAAACUGUAUGCAUUUUAGUGACAGAAUUUUACAACUCUAUUGGUCAAAUUAUCACUACAUUUGGGGCUGGGAAAUUGAUUUAAAAAAAAAUUAUUUAAAUAAAAUAAAAUUCUCUCAUCAGAAAAAGUAGCAACUCUUUUCCAGGAUAGGCAUGAAAUUGCAAAUAGGUCUCUAAUUGUUGAUACCUACAGAAACUCUGUUGCCACUUUAUUGUAGAUUAUAGAAUUUAAUUCUUUAAAAUGUAUUGACAAUGUAGAGUAUAUGGAGGAUAAUGAUUCAUGACCAGUUAUGGUCACUAUUCAUAAAUUAUCGUAGUAUCAAGUUAUUGAUUAAUCAUAUAGGGUUAAACAAAACCUCGGGGCAUCACCUUCCUGAAGCUAUGUCCUUGGGAGGCGAAAGGAAUCUACUAGGAAGCUUAACAAUAAUUGUAUAAUUAAGCAAUAUCACACGAGAGGGAGUGCUGUUGUACUGUAUAUCAGCACUCAUGGAACAUCUCUUGUCCAAUCAAAUUGCUUGGUUGGGACCAGUCGGAACUAACUGUUGUAUAACCCAAAUUAAUCAAUAUCAUAAGAUAAUUAAGUCUCAUUAUUAAAAGCAGUCUCAUAAACUUUAGUAGUCUCAAUUCUCAAUGGUAGGAUCUAUAAGAGUCAGUCAAAGACAUGUAAAUUUAGAUUUUGGUACAAAGAAAGCUAGGUUAUUAAAAUAACACACACACACAACACAAUGUAAACAAAUAGUACGAUCUUAAGUUGUUACAGCCGAACCUGAGCAGCGGUGUCCUGACGUCGGUUCUUCGUCUAGCUUGAUGGUAGUUACUUCUUGCUGCACCGUGACUAAGGUUUUAGCAGCUGCUAUCUGGCUUUUAUCUACAAUUUAUGUUGGCAGACUUACAGGCGUGUCUGCCUGAGGAAAGGUGUUUCCGUUAUCACCCGCUGUCAUGUCGCGUAGCGAUUUAUUUGCACCACUAGAUGGCAGUACGAGACCACGAAUGAAUGAGAGGGUGAAGUUGCAUAUAUCACAGUGUCUGCAUGAAAGACAAUAAAGCUUACAGGACAAUUCCAGGCAAAAACAACCAUGGGCCAUAUUUUCCAAAUAUUUUACCUCUAGAAUAAUGAAUGUGCAGAUUUUUCUCUCAAUGUCUCCUGUUAUCUAGCAGAUCUCUCUGUCCCCACCUCCGAGCAGCAGCAGAAAAUGGAGGUAGUGCGUUCUACCGCUGUUUAAGCUAUUUGCAACUCACACACCACCCUUUUUAUUCCACAGACAACAGCAAAUAGUUAUACAAACAUGCAACCAGGUGUUUGUUUACCUGGAGGAGGCGUACAUCUUGGAGAAAUUAGUAAUAAUAAACGCAUGCAUAGACUUGCGGGAAUCUUGUUGAUCUCGUUGAUAAUAAAAUGCAUACAGUAAUCAUUAAAUAAUGAAAUAGAAUAAAAACAAAGUGAAAAGAUAGAAUACAGAGUGCAUGAUUCAAAUCAAAUACAUUGUUAUUGUAAAGUGUCGCAUGAGUGCAGAAGUGUGAAGCAAAUGCAAAAAGAAUGCUAGUUGAAGGCUAAUGUGAAGAGAUUAAUUUUUAUCACUGCUAAGUCUAAGAGGAUUAGAAUUGAGACCAAUAAGAUAUAGUAGCAUGUUUAAGUAAGAUUGAUUUUUAGCCUGUACUGGUUUACUCAAAAUCUCCUUUAUUUACUCUGUUCAUUUUCAGGACUUUUUGUACUUUUGACCUUUGAAGACGGAUACACGGCAAAGAUUUUUAAUGCCUGUGAUAUACUAAGCAAAGAUGAUAAACCCACAACCUGCCUUAGAGAUCUGAAGCCAGGGGAAGAAGUACUUGCAAGAUGGUCCGACAACAAGUUCUACACCGCCACAGUGGACUCCGUUGGAACAGUUAAAAAGACAGUGGAUGCCAAGAAGGCCACAAAGAAAGACAUGAAAAAAAAGAGAUGCAGCUGCUCAACGAUUUUACAACCUUCCAUCACUACCUCAAGCAGGUCAGUCCACCUCAGUACAGGAUCAUCCAAAUACUGUGGACCACAACGUCAUCCAGCCUCCAACUACCUGGCCAGUGUACCAACCUCCACCUACCGAGUCAUCUUUACCUAUCCAGCCACAGCACCAGCCUGUAACUGCCUGGCCACAGUACCAGGUUCCAGUUUACCAGUCAUCGCCACAUACGCAUCCACCUGUCCAGCCGCUCCACCAGUAUGCACUCACUCUGUCUCCAGUCACACAUUGUUCCAACCUUUCGCAGUAUCCAAAGCAUCACCAAUCUCACACGGCACUGCCCACAUCUUCAGACCUGUCAGAACAACCUGUUUUGGUGGAUUUGUAUCACCAAAGACAGCCACCAGCUCCAACUGUAACACCCAAAGAAAGCUUUCUCAAAAUGUUGUACAGUCCUGGUAAAAACCAAAAACCUGCUGUUCUUGGGGACCAGAGCCAGCCUAGUCAACUGAACAUGAGACUUCUUCAUGCUCGUCAUCUGCAGAUACUAUCAUCAUUGAGCGUGAUCCACUUCCAGAAUCUGCAGAGCCAAUUUUCAGUUUCCCUGAAUCAAGAGAAGACAGAUCAUGGAAGCCAUGCAGGGCAUGCGAGGCAGAGGUGGAAAAAUUAGUGGAGGAGAAAGCCAAACUGCAGGAUGUGCUGUGCAGUAUGAGUAAGUACAUUUUGUCUCUCUGUUGCAGUUAAUUGUUCCUUUAACACUAUUACUUUUUUCUCUCACAAUUUUCCUAAUGUACCAAAUUAAACUAAAACUUAAAAGCUUUUAACAAUUUGGUAAAAAAUCUUAGCCCAUCAUGAAAUCUCUUGAUUUUUUAAAAACUGGUCUCUUCCUUUUCUUUAGUUUAUUUUUGCUUUUGUGUCCCUGUAAGGUAAUUCAUAUUUUAUGUUACAGGUGGUGAGCACCUCGAGGCAUUAAAAAGCUUUCUGGACAAAGUGGAACAGAUCCAACCUCAGGCUGGUGUUGGGGCUCCAAAACACAGAUCUGGGAAGCAAGAGCUGUAUCCAGAAAGUGGCCUAUUCGUGUCUUCCACCUGCCUGGCUGCAAUACAUGCAGAAGCAAAGAAGGACUGCCUCAGAUUGUUCCAUCUUCUUUUUGAUGAGUUUUUUACUGCAGAGGAGUGCCGAAAUGCUGUGGCCUUUGGGAAGCACGGGAAGGUGCCAGAUGGGAAGACAGUCCUGGAUAAGUUCAAAGUCACUGGGAUUCUUAGUAAGUACAUUGCUCAAUGUUAACAAUUUAUGGAAAUAUGGAAAGGUUGUGGAAAUCCAUCAGUAAAAAUACAUAACAUAAAGAAGCACAAAUUAUUUUCAAAAAUGAAUUUGUUGUAAUUCUACUUUUUAUUUCUAGUUUGGUUUCCCCUCUUUUUUCUGACCCUUCUCACAUUCAUCACAAUAUCUGGCCACAUUUGGCAUAGUUUCUGAUGUGUUGGAACCCCAUGUAUCACAUAGCUACAUUUAAUGUUUUGAUUGUUUCAGUGACCUCACAGUUUUACUGAAUUUCCUCAUGUGAACCAUAGAGAUAUUUCAAUGUGAAUUAUGUGACAUCUGGAUAAAAAAAAACUCUCAAUACUGUCAUUGUAACUGCUGUUACAUUAUGACAUUUGUAAUUUGUGCUUUCUUUUCUCUGUUUUUUUUCUUCUUGCAGCUUACAUCAUGCGCUGUAGUACCCUGGAUGGAUGGACAUCAUAA